UCCUCACACGACGACGACGGACUCCAGCUAUGCCCGAGUACCUGACGCUCCUGAUAAACUGUCCUCUUGUAAUUGCUGCCAUUUUCAUCGCUGGCAUCGGUGGGACAUUUCAGUAUGGAUACUGUGUGUCUGUGAUGACCUCCCCGUCUACUUUCAUAAAGAAGCUGGUGAACAAAACCUGUGUUCAUAGAUACAACCUGGCCUUGGAGCAGUGGCAUCUCUCCCUCAUCUGGUCCUUCACCGUGUCCAUUUUCUGCAUCGGGGGUUUAAUAGGAGCCCUGGUGGCCGGUUCACUGAUCUCUAAAUAUGGCAGAAAGCGAUGCCUUUUGCUCAACAACUUCCUGGCUAUAGUAGGAGCUAUGCUGAUGCUCUUCAGCCAAACAGCCAUGUCUUUUGAGAUGAUCAUGGCGGGACGAUUUCUCUGCGGCAUCAAUUCAGGAAUCGGCCUUUCUGCUCACACCAUGUACCUCGUCGAGUGCGCUCCCAGGCAGCUGAGAGAGAUGGUGGGCGUGACCAUCGCUACCUUCAUCUCCUUGGGGAAGUUCUGUGGUCAGCUGCUGGGGAUCAGCGAGUUGCUUGGUACAGAGAAGAACUGGCCGUGGCUGCUUGGCUUCAUCAUGUUCACGGCGUUGUUCCAGCUCGUCACUCUGCCCUUCUUGCCAGAGUCUCCCCACUUCCUGUUGUUCGAAAGAGGAGACCGCCUAACCUGUGAGAAAGCUUUAAAGAGGCUUUGGGGCAACAAGGACUACAGCAAGGAGAUCGAGGAGAUGUUGAAGGAGAAAGCUGCCCAGCAGAGCGUUCGCAGCCACUCGGUGCUGGAGGUGUUUCGGAACCCAACGGUCCGCUGGCAGCUCAUCACCAUCGUCGUUUUCUUCGUCACGCUGCAGCUCUGUGGCAUCAACGCUGUGUACUUUUAUUCCUUUGAGGUGUUUCGCGCGGCAGGAAUCGUAGAACACAAGUUGCCUUACGCUGCUUUGGGGACAGGCCUGUGUGAACUGUCCACCUCUGUGGCCUUCUUCAUGAUUAUUCAGAGUACGGGGAAGAAAGUCCUGCUGUUUCGAGGCUACGUAGGAAUGGCCACGACUCUGGCUCUCCUCACCGUCACUCUGUACCUGCAACGUUAUCUGUCCUGGAUGCCGUACUGCAGCAUGGUCCUUGUUUUCAUGUUCAUUUUCUUUUUCGCCUGUGGGCCAGCUGCAGGAACAGUUUCUCUUCCAGGGGAAAUCUUUACUCAGGCGUUCAGAUCGGCUGCGUACACCAUCGGCUGCACCAUCAACUGGUCGGGCCUGUUUGUGCUCGGGAUGAUUUUCCCAGUCUUAGUGGGGAAACUGGAUUCCUUUUGCUUUGUCAUAUUUCUGUUUUUCUGCAUCGUCGCCGGGGUUUAUGCGAAUUUCCUCCCUGAGACCAAGAAUCGGACGGCGCUGGAGAUCGCCGUGGAGUUCAACAGGAUACACUCCAAGUCUGAAGCAUCGCAGACGAUAGGGUUCCCCGACCACAACCUCGAUGCAAUCAAAACAUGCGAAACCAAAUUCUGAUUAGAUGUGUUCUCCAAACUUCAAAUACGCUGGCUGGACGAAGUUACCGCAUAUCACCCUGACAGGAAAUAAAUGGUUUUAAUGAAAA